UUCUGAACCUUUCAGCCCACCAUGAGUGUGGGAAAAUGGAAAAUUUGCAGCUUUCAAUUAAUAGCCUAAUGAUGUUUUUAUGAAAGCAAAUGAAAGAAGUACAACUAUGUGAAGUUAGUGGUUCCAGACUGAUUAUUCAGGCUUUGUUCUGUAACCUUUCUGUAACCCUUCUAGAUCUGUUCUUGCUUCCUCUCCCCUGCCUUUUUUUUCCCUCCUCCACUCCUGCUUUUGAAGAUGAGAUUCUUUUCAGAUAUUUAGUAUUUGUGGAUUUGUGGGUUGCUUAGCCCAUCCCUCCAGUACCCAGGGACUUCAGCGCGUCUCCAGAAGUUCCAUGUGGUGUACACCUGCUAUCAACUGAGAUUCUUCAACAACUUGUAGGAGAAUAAUUUAUGACAUCAGUCUAAACAUCCCAGGCGUCUUGGGGAUGUUAGCAGGCAGUAACAAAGCAUGUCCUUUCCUGAUAAUAUUGUUGAAUAUAACCCGUUAAAGAACAAAGCAUGCCAGACUGCAGGGAAAUAAAGAGAACUCCCUCUUAGUAUUUCCUGGGGUGCGGUGGUACAAAUUAUCAUCUCUCGUAGAAAAGUACCAUAGAUACAUACGAGGAAGAUUGUCGAGCUGUUUCUCAUUUUUGUAACUCCAUGGGUCAUGUUCCAAACAUAAUGCAGUAAAAGAAUCAUGCUGAGAGUUUUCUCCAUUUCUCAGUGAUAAAAUGAAUGGCAAAUCAGGCUCUGAAUCAUGAAGAUGACAAUGACGACAAGAUGUUACUUAUCUGGUGGAAAUGGGCACAGCUCCUUUGUCACCAGAGCAACUACAGCACUGAGCAUCACAAACUGUGUGUGUUUGUGGGAGCUAACCAACACAAUAUGGGAACAGGCAGGAAAAUAAGCUAUAAGCUGGGGACAUGUUUGUAUCAGCUGGUAGGUAAUCAAAAGGUUUUUAGAGAGCCAGUGUAGUUACCAGUUAAUUCUGCCAGUUGAGCCGAGUGGCUGCUACUUUAUAAUUUGGGUGAAAGCCUGAGCCGACUGAGCAGAAGCUGUGAUCCGCUACAGAGAACUUCUGACGUAAGCAAAGGGUUUGAUUUUUGUGCUGCUGUUUAUUGCUUUGCAUCAAGAGAUGUAUUUUCUAAAACAGAAGAGAUAUGGAAUAUCAUUUCACUUGGCUUCCGAAAUACACAAUAUUUGUGAUUCUCCCAACAGGAGGACUGUGCCAUACGGGCUCUCCAACUUCAGAGGCAGUUUUAGAGGCAAAAGGUCUACAGGGCAGAUGCAAAGCACUUUCCAGUCCUCAUUUCGGUGUUCUUGUUUGGAUGCUCACGACAAACAGUGUCUGCAGUUUUGCAGAAUAACGCAAGACAGGAGACGCUUUAAUGUUUAUUUGCUGAAGCUCAGAAGCAAGAACCUAAACUACAGCUCUCCCUUGAGAUGGACAAACUUGUCGCUCCAGUCUGAUGCCCGUGAACUCAGCGGCGUGCAACACCCCCGCUUCACCAACGCCACACCGGGGGCACCUCAGCCCGCACGGGGCAGCUUCCUCCCACGGCCCCUCGCCAGACCCUUGGAAAAGGAUACCCUUUAUCCCGUAACCUGGCAGGGAAUGUGUCGCUAUUGCAGCAAAAUUCAAAGGCAGAUCCAAACUUCAGCAACACAAAGUUUCAAGAAAUGUUUUCCUAUGUGAUUUUAACAAGUCCAACAGCAACAUACCGUUCCGCUGACGGCUGGCUCCAUGGCUGAAGAACCCUUCCACGGUUUUCCGCCGGCAGCUGGAACUGGAGAAGGGGAUGAGUUAGAGAGAGGGUGCCUAUACAUGAGUUCUCAUUAAGAAUAAACAGAUAACAAAUA